GAUCCAGCAACUUAUUUCUGAUCUGUUCUGUGGAAGCUGUUGUCACCGUCCGUUUUUGUUGCUAGGCGUUUCUAUGGUUACCAAGGCAUCCGAUGGAGCCCUCUGUUGGUUUUAUUUUCACUUGCACUGUAAAAAAAAGAGCCAGCUGUUUUGUUUUUAUGAAAAACUGGAUUUACUGAAACACCGUGUGCACCUGCAGUGUGAUGCAGCAUGUUAGAUGAGAGACCACAUUAAAAGACAGCAGUGCAGCAGUGAGGUUGUGUAAGGAGGUAAAAGACCAGUAAAGGCCUUAUUGAUAAAUUAAACCCAGUGUGUUUCCAGUAGGGGCAAGCUCAAAUCGUGGCAGCGGUAGCUCGUAGAGGCACUUACGCUGUCAACAGAAACUGCCACCUACAUGUAAAGGCAGCUGCCUUUGAUGAGACAUCGUUCGAAAGUAGCUGCCUCUGUUGCCACACUGUUUGGCAUCUGCCUCUGUUGCCACACAGCUGCCUUUCUCCAAGGACUCUUAGUUAAAUACACUAACAUCCAUCCAUAAGAACAAAUUAGACUCAUUGUUAGCUAACCCUUUUUAAAUGCAGUUCAAAAAACACAAUUACUAAGCAAUAUGGUUACACAAUACUAAAGAGAAAAAAGGAACAUCUUUACCUUGAUCUUUAGGGAAACCAGUGUGGGUAGCCCAAGGGCUCAGCUACAUUAUGGGCUCACUAGUUAACUUCUUUUUCCAUGGAGACUGGAUUUCUUUGGCUUUUACGAGGAGCGGGUCAGGAAUAUGGCCCUUCGGACCAACAACCCAACCCAUGUUGCUCUGUUCCAAAUCAUCUUUUCCUCCUCAGUGAGCAAACGCAUGUCUCGGAUCAGGACCACGCUGGACAGCGUAACCAAGGCAGUAGGCAGCACCGACCUCAUCUCCAAGUUCUCCCGCUUCAAGCCUGGUGGCGCCGCAGUCUGUAGCACCCAUGCAGAAAAAUCUGAACCCGUUAUGAAAGAGCAGGACGGAGGUGAGAAGAACACAGCAGAGGAAGAGUUGGACAAGCAAAGUCACCAAGUCAUAGAAAAUCCUUUUGUUGCCACCAAUAAGUCCACAUCCGGUUUAGCUUCAGCGGCUAAAGUGUCUGCCCCAGGCUCGUCCACCACUGUGGCAAAACAAACUACGCAGCUGUUUCACCCGACAGCUCUUUCAGCCAACAUGGACGAGACCUACAACACUCUGGCUCAGCACAUCAAUAAUUACUUUGGCACCAACACAGAGGGAGAAGAUGUAGAGAACAGGCCUCUGCAGCAGGACAGAGGAGGCGAUGUUCCCGUCUCUGAGCCUGUUCCUCGGAGAACAGGGGAACAGACUCUUAUUUUGUCUCCAGUGGCGGAGGCAAAGAAUAUUGAAGCAGCAACUACCUCUCCAUCAGAUAAGCACAGUCCACCAGUGGGGGUGCACUCCUCUGACACCCCUGCAACAGAAAACAUAGCUCAGCCCAUCCCGGUGCCAACUACCUCUGCUAAAAAGGGCUUCACCCGCUACCUGUCCUACCCUCGGCCCAGUGUUCAGGCUUUUGUUGGCAAUUACAUUGCACCACUGGUCCCAAAAUUUAGAAGUGACUCCAAGAGCGCUGCAGCUGAGAAAGACAAGGCUGCGGCGGUCGCUGUGGGAGAGCCCGCUGGUGAGAAAAGAGAGGAGAAGACAAAUGAAGAGGAGAAAACGGAGGAAAGGAAGCAACAGCUGUUGACACAAAGGCAGAAGAUAAUCGCCAGGGUAAGUGUAGACAACAGGACCAGAGCUCUGGUGAAAGGCCUGCUGAGGGUCACGGACGUCAAACUCCUUACUAGUCGCGUGGAGGAACUCAGCCAUCAUCUCCGGGAGUUCCCGGAGACACGAGGUGUAGCCAUCAAGGCGAGCGCGAUGCCCUGCCUGCUGCGAUUGCGCCAGGCCAGAGACCUUCCUCUCCAGUCUGCUGUGAGAGAAGCUCUGGCUCUGGUCGGCUACACAGAACCAGUCAAAGGCAGAGGAAUCAGAGUCCUGGCCAUAGAUGGAGGAGGGACCAGGGGACUGUUGGCACUUCAAACUCUACGUAAAUUGCAGGAGCUGACCGGGAAACCAGUCCACCAGCUCUUCGACUACAUCUGUGGAGUCAGCACAGGUGCCAUCUUGGCCUUCAUGUUGGGCAUUUAUCAAAUCCCCUUAGACGAGUGCGAGGAGAUGUACAGGAAGUUGGGCUCGGAUGUGUUCAAGCAGAACGUAAUCGUUGGAACCGUCAAGAUGGGCUGGAGCCAUGCUUUCUACGACAGUGAAAUCUGGGAACACAUCCUCAAGGAACGGAUGGGUGAGGGGUGUAUGAUUGAGAGUGCCAGGGACCCAGACUGCCCAAAAGUGUCAGCAGUGAGCACCAUUGUGAACAGGGGUUUACCUCUGAAGGCCUAUGUGUUCAGGAACUACAGACUCAUGCCCGGAGUGAGGUCCCACUACCCUGGAGACUGCAAACACAAAAUGUGGCAGGCCAUCAGGGCCUCGUCCGCUGCUCCAGGCUACUUCCAGGAAUAUGUCCUGGGAAAAGACCUUCACCAGGAUGGAGGACUUCUGAUUAACAACCCCACAGCGUUGGCCAUCCACGAGUGCAAGUGUCUGUGGCCAAACACGCCUCUGCAGUGCGUGUUGUCUCUGGGCACCGGACGCCACGAGACGGCGGGCAAGAACAACACGACCUACACAAGCCUGAAGACCAAGCUGUCCCACGUCAUCAGCAGCGCCACAGAUACAGAGGAGGUGCACACCAUGCUGGACGCCCUCCUGCCCCCGGACACCUACUUCCGCUUCAACCCCUACAUGAGCGAGGACAUCCCGUUGAACGAGAGCCGCAUCGAGAAGCUGAACUUCCUCAAGGAAGAGGGCGAGCGCUACCUGGAGAAAAACGAGGCCAAGCUGAGGAAGGCGGCGAGCGUGCUCAGCCAGGAGAAGGGCGCCAUCCAGAGGCUGGCAGAGUGGGCCAAGCUGAAAGCCGACAUGUACGAGGGUCUGCCCUUCAUCUCCAAGCUGUAGUUGUUAGCCUGGCAACAGAAAUACCACAAAAAAGAGUUUUUAAGGUAAGAGGACCCUGAGUGUAAAAACACUACCAAUAAAUAAAAGGGCCCGAACUGGAUUUAUUAUUUUUUUAUUUCAAUGGGAAUCAAAAAUGAAAUGUGUAAAUAUUCAUGGUUUCACCUUCAUUUACCAAACACUAAAAGAUGAUUAUUCAUAAACAAUAAAGACGGUAGUAAUAAUAAUAUUGUGAAAAUAACUUAAAAAGAGGUAAUUUAUUGUUUGUAAGAUAGCAUUUCUGGGACAAAUGCAGCAGGUUGGGGCUGGUGCAUGAUCCAACCACAUUUAUUGUUGUUGAAAACUUUAUGCCAAUUUUGUAAAGACUGAUGUUCUUUUUCAUUUCCUGUAAUUUAACACAUGAUUGCACAGUAAGAACAGAAACGUGACUGCCUGUUUCUUUACACUGUACAGAAGAAAGACCUCAUGCACUUUUGAAAAUGUAAAUACUAUUUGAAAUAAUAUUGAUUUUAUGAGUGUUAUUGUUAGGAAUGGAGAUUAAGAUGGAAGAAAUGCAUUAUUCUGUAUUUACACCCACACUGAAAUCUGCUAACAUAAUAAACUAUUAGAAUAUAAUCCGUGUCAUCCUCGUGUUACAAAUCUAAUCUGUAGAUUAAUAUGUUAGUUAGUGUAAUUUCUAUUUAGCCUGAAUUCCUCAGCCCUGGUUUUUGAUGCCACACCCUUUUAUAAAUUUGACACAUGUUCUAAAAAAAGAUUCUUCCCUUCCUCAUUAAUUUGUGGAAUGCAAAAAAAAAAGUGUCAUGAAAUAAUAAAACUUGAUUUCAAAUGCAA